AUGGCGGGCUCCACGCAUUUCUUAAAGACCAUUCUCGUACCGCUCUUCCUUGCCGCCAUCCUCUAUGUCCUGCUCGCCCUUAUCAUCCUGCCCUUUGUGCGCCGCCACCGCAGCCGCUACAGCCAGUACCUGCCUGUGACCCCAGGCGUCACCGACUUCCCAACCUCUUGGCGCACAAAACUCUCCGACGCGCUAUACGGCCUGUUUGCUCCUUCGGCCUGGGUGAGACAGCGCGGCAUCGUCCACGGAAAUAGCCAAAACGACGACGAGCUUUUUGACGACGAAGAGGGCGAGGGCAUGGUCGGCUUUGAUCCCAUUGACGAGAGGAGGAGAGAGGCCCUCGAGCAGCGCAGAAGCAUGAUGGACGACGAGAUUCGUCUUGGCAGGGACCUCGAGGAAGGCUUCAAGGACGACAGCGAGGAUGAGAGCGAUGACGACACCCGCCCUUCUCGCUCACGGCACCCAUGA